AUGGUUUUGAUCGUCUACACCAGCUGCUACUGUGAAGAAAACAUUUGGAAGCUUUGUGAAUACAUCCAAAGCCAGGAUCAGUAUCAGUUAGAAGAAUUUUAUGUUAUUUUCAUAUCUAAUGACAGAAAGAUGAUACCACUUUGGAAGCAGAGAUCAGGAUGUGGAGAUAAACCUGUAGUUUGGGAUUACCAUGUUAUUUUACUUCAUGAUUCCAGCGGAGACCAAAGCUUCAUUUAUGACCUUGACACAGUGUUGCCAUUUCCGUGUCUGUUCGAUACUUACAUUGAAGAGGCUUUUAAAUCAGACGAUGAUAUUUAUCCAGAAUAUCGCAGAAAAAUCAGGGCAGUUCGAGCAGAUGUUUAUCUGAAGAUGUUUGCUUCUGACCGCUCUCACAUGAAAGACAGCAGUGGAAAGUGGCUGAAGCCUCCUCCCUCUUACCCUUGCAUUGAAACGGCAGAUGCCAAAAUGAACCUGGAUGAUUUUAUCAGUAUGGAUCCCAAUGUGGGAUGGGGCUCUGUGUUUCUGCUACCUGACUUUGUGAAUCAUUUUAGUAGACGAAAGGACACAAAAGGACAGUGACCUCAGUAAAUGACCUCUCUUAGCACACAUUUUUUUGGUAUUGUUGCUUUUGUUGUUUUAUUUAUAAGUUUGUGGUUUAUUUGCAAGGGUUAUUAAUGUAUUGGCAUAUACAAGAAUUGGAACAAAGUAUAAUGAAUUGAAUAAAAUCUCUUUAUUUUGAUUAUAGAA